AUGGUGUGUCAUGAAGAACAACUUGGAGUUGGACGGAUUGGGGGAGAGGACCUCUCCCUUGUCCAUCCAGACCCUGUUGUGUUAGAGCUCAACCGUAUGCGCAACCUACUCACAGAAAAGAGUCGGGAAUUAGGGAUUGCUCAAGGUGAGAUCAAGGCUCUGAGAGCUUGUGAAGUUCUAAAGGAUAAGGCUGUAGAAGAGCUCAUAAAUGAAGUACAGAAGUUGGACGAGAAACACAGAGUCACUCAAAGUCUUUUGGAGCAUAAGAAUCUUGAAAUCAAGAAACUAACAGAUGACAAGAGAGAUGCAUUGGCUGCACAAUACGCUGCAGAAGCAACUCUUAGAAGGGUACAUGCAAAUCGAAAGGAUGACGAAUCUCCUUCUAUUGAGUCUGUCAUCGCUCCUCUUGAGGCUGAAAUCAAAAUGCAUAAGAACGAGAUUGCAGCGCUUCAGGAGGAUAACAAGGCUUUGCAACGUCUCACCAAGUCAAAAGAGUCUGCUCUGCUUGAAGCAGAAAGGAUACUCCGAAGUGCACUAGAAAGGGCUCUAAUAGUUGAAGAGGUUCAAAACCAAAACUUCGAAUUGAAGAGACAGAUUGAGAUCUGCCAGGCAUGCCUUUCCGCACCAGAUCCUAUUUCAUUUGUUGAACAAAAUCAAGAGGAAAACAGAAUCCUGGAGAAAACAAACCGCCAGAAGGUUUUAGAGGUUGAAAAGCUUAGCCAAACCAUUCAGGAACUUGAGGAGGCCAUCUUAGCUGGUGGGGCUGCAGCCAAUGCUAUUCGUGACUACAAACGACAGAUAGAAGAAUUUCAUGAGGAGAAGAGAAGUCUGGAAAGAGAGCUGGCAAGAGUUAAAGUUUCAGCAAACCGGGUAGCAACUGUGAUUGCAAAUGAGUGGAAGGAUGAAAAUGACAAAGUUAUGCCCGUUAAACAGUGGCUGGAAGAGAGAAGACUAAUGCAGGCAGACAUGCAACGGUUGAGAGAGAAGCUGGCUAUUUCAGAUAGAACAGCUAAAGCUGAAGCACAACUCAAGGAAAAGUUGAAGUUGAGGCUGAAGACACUAGAAGAAGGGCUAAAGCAUGUUUCAAGCUUCAAUCCUCAUUUAUGUGUUUCCCCAAAAGCAGAAAAAUCUAGUAACUUCUUAGGAUUUCUGAAAAGCAAUGGUGGAUUAGGAAAGAGAUCGACAUCACAGCCAAGAGCUUCUGCCAUUGCUAGAAGCUCUCCAGUGCAACAGCCAAAUUCAGACAACGAAGCAGGCAAUGCAGCUGGACAGCUAAAAAGAUCAAAUAGCCUCAGAAAGAAAUAUGGUUCUGGAGAACUUAUGUUGAAAAAAAGUUUAUGGGCAUCUAGAAGUAAAGUUGUUGAUAUUGGCGAAAAGGAGAGCACAGAAAUGAAGGCAAAUAAUGAUACUAAUAAGAAUGAUGAUAGAAUGGUUGCCGCAGAAAUUGAAGCUCAAGCCGGUGGCAACGAGGACUCGCCCAACAAGAUAAGUACCAGCUGUGACAAUGAAGAUAUGGUCUCAGGGUUUCUCUAUGAUAGACUUCAGAAGGAGGUCCUAAAUCUAAGGAGGCAUUGCGAAGCCAAAGAGAGUGAUAUGAAUGCUAAAGAUCAAGAAAUAAAGAUGCUGAUGAAAAAGGUUGAUGCACUGUCAAAAGCCAUGGAAGUAGAGUCUAAGAAAAUGAAGAGAGAAGCAGCGGCUAGAGAUAAAGAAGCUGCAGCGGCCAAAAUGGAUGAUAACAAAAGGAACAGAAAUAUAAACUCCUCUAAACGAUUUCAUUCUAGCAUUAUGAUUUUUCAAAACCCUGAUCAUCUGAACAUUCUCAAUAACUUGAUGGCUUAUGCAAUUGCUGCAGGGCAAUGA